GACGUAUCGCCCGGCCGGCGCACGGGCUCAUCCACCGCAGAGAGAUUUUACGCCUGCAGCGCCUGUCGCGACAACCUUGAUGGCCAUGCCAAAACAAACGACAAGUGAAGAUAUUUUCCAGCCAGUCCCAACGCGCCUAAAAGCUCGCCAUGGCCAAGGUCUUUGAGAGCCAACAAGCAGCAUACGAAGGGCUGCUCUCACAGGCGAUAUCCGAGGGCUACAGCAUCGCCCACUAUAAACGUUACCCGACCCUCUCCUCGGGCCGGGAGACCACGCGCGUCGUCUACCGCUGCGCGAGGGGUGGGCCCAUCAUCACCAAGGAGUCGAAGGAAGCCAGGACGCAGGCCACGCACCCCGAGAAGCGGCGCAAAAACACCAGGUCUGCGUGCACCGACUGCCCGUUCAAGAUAUGCACCAAGAAGCUGUCUUCGGGCGGCUGGGUGAUUGAGGCGGUUCAACUCCGGGGGCGGGACGUCGACCACACCCACAACCACCCGAUGGACUUCAACGCCACCUCGCACCACGCCUAUCGCCGGCGUGAGAUCAACCUAUGGAAGAGCCAGAUCUUGGCUUAUUGGCGCAUUGGGGACACCCCUGGGAGGAUCAUGGCCAAGAUCAGAGAGAAACUGGGUGGUGAAAAACCGCCGUUCCUGGUCUCGGACGUCAAGAAUCUCUGCAGGGCGCAUGGAGAGUCGAGCUUGAGGGGAGACUCAUAGUGAUGCCUAGGGGAUGAAAUGAGGUAGUUAUCUGGCUGGUCCACCUGGUCCUUUGGCCGUCCAAGCCACAACAAGCUGCUUGGAACUGCUCUGCUAUUCAUACGGCCAGGUAAUUGACGGCCCAAGGCAGUAAUUGAAUGUAUGAUAUUGUAUAGACGAUCAAGAGGAAUAAUUCAACACAACUUGUCUCGAACAGAUCGGAGUUUGAAUAUUGUACACAG